AUGGGGAGGGGGAAGAUAGUGAUUAGAAGGAUUGAUAAUUCCACAAGCAGGCAAGUGACCUUCUCAAAGAGGAGGAAUGGAUUGUUGAAGAAAGCGAAAGAGCUGGCAAUCCUUUGCGAUGCAGAAGUUGGAGUCAUGAUCUUCUCUAGCACCGGCAAGCUCUAUGAUUUCUCUAGCACCAGAGAGAGAUUAGGAUACGAAGAUAGGCAUACGUACAUCCGUCAUUACACCGUUUCCAUAAAGGAGAUCCUGACUUCGAACUUUGAAUCUUAA